AAUGUGGAAAGUAAUUUAGUUUGAAGCGUACUAUCGUAGCGGCAAACGUCCGACAGUUACGUUACGAACUUUUCGUUUAUAUAAAUUAUUAUGUUUAUUUAAUCAAAAUAAUAUGGCUAAGAUAAUGAAAAAAGUUAUUUUGCUUAAUAAGGACCAAUUUACUAAACCGUUAUUUGUAUUUUUAGGAAAGUCUAUAUAUAAUGGAAUUCAUUCAGAUGUAGCUGUAAAAGAAAUCAAAAUACCAAUACCCGGGGGUUAUAUAGCAGGUAAACUAUGGGGUAACGAUCAGCAACAACCAAUACUUGCUUUACAUGGAUGGCAGGAUAACUGUGGCGUAUGGGACGCUUUAGCGCCUAUUGUCUGUGAUAAAAAGCCUAUACUGGCUAUCGAUUUACCUGGCCACGGUCUUUCAUCAUGGAUAGCACCAGGUGCCUUGCAAGACACCUGGGACGUUGUACAAUAUAUUACAGAGUUAAAGAAUUAUUUCAAAUGGGACAAGUUUUCUAUACUGGGUCACUCAUUAGGGUCGGUCGGAGCUCUACGAUAUGCCGGGUUGUACCCUAAAUACGUCGACUUUUUUAUAGCCAUUGAAAAUCUUGUAUACGAGGAUCAUGAUAUUGAUUUCUUUCUGAAAUAUCUUCCGAAGGAGUUAGAGAAAUGUCAAAUGAGUCAACAUGCUCUUAACAAAGACCCACCGGAAGGUACGAUGGAGGAUCUAACUUAUAAAUUAUAUACUGCGAUGAAUAAAUCUGUAUAUAAACAAAAUAUGCACUAUUUAACACAACGAGCUAUAAGGCCUUCUAAAAGGGACCCAACCAAAUUUUGUUAUACGAGAGAUAUCCGUUUAAAAUAUAUAUCCAUGAAGCCGCAAAAUACAGAGUUCCUAGAAAGGUUAUUUAGCCGUCUCUCGUGUCCGUUGUUGUAUAUUAAGGCAGCUAACUCGUCGUAUAAAUUAUCUGACGAACACUGUUUAAGGGUGAGAAGAAUCCUAGAAAAAAAUAACCCUAAUUACGAAAGCCACACUGUUGGAGGUAGCCAUCACGUUCAUGUAAAUAACCCAGAGAGACUGGCGCCGAUAAUCGUUGAUUUCUUCAGAAAACAUAAGAUUAUUCAGGAAUGAAUAUAUUUUAGGUUGUUAACUUAAUGUUAAGAAAUUAAAAUAUUUACAGCGAAAUGAUAGCGGUUUUGCGUUAAAAUUUACGAUGUUUGCACGUAAUGUCGUUAAAUUUUCGCAAUAAUAGAUAUUGAGUUAUAUACUAAAAAGAAAAUGUGUGAUUUUUAUUAUAAAUAUUUACUAUGAAGGUGGACCUAUGUAUUGUUAUAAGUUUAGUUUCAGAUGCCCUUUGGAUUACGUAGUAUACGUUACAAAAUUCAAUAUAUACUUGUGUUUUUAUAAAUAAUUAACUUAGCUAAUACCGACUUGCACAUGUAAAUGUUACAGGAAAUAAAAUCUAUACAUGUAAAUUUUAUUUUAUACGGAUGUUUUAUCUUCCAUCAUACGUUAAAAAAUCCUACAGUAAAU